CUUCAACGGCUAGCGUUGCAUAUAUAUAACGAAACAAGUGUUGUCAAAAAACCGACAACACAGCUUCAUUUAACACUCUAGUGCAACGCCCAUUGGCCGGCGUACUGCCCGAAGAUGGCCCAACUCACAUAUAAUAGUAAUUCAUCAGUAUGUUUUCUAUCGUCGCUGCGAUUGUAUGCUUUUUGUGAAGUGAAAUCAAUAAUUGAUCGAAAAUGGAUUUUCGGCUCGAACGCGGGUUGACGUUAGAGGAGGCUCUCCAUAUGGCGUACGAUGAUGAUAUAGAUGUUCGUGAAAUAUUUAUUGAGCCCCCCGAUUCGAAUAUUCUCACGGAUGAAGAUUCCGGAGAGGAAGAUAGUGGUGGAAUGCUCGAUAAUCUUUCUGGGCGACAACUAUCCCAAAAAGCGGAAGUAAUUCUGAACCAACCGGUAGCCUCCUGUUCACCCGAACCAGAAGAAUUCUUGUUUGAAAGACCCGGGAUGAAAGAUAUCACUUGGUUGAAGGGUGAUUUUGAAGAAAUGCCUAAACAAUUUCCUCAGCCAGAUUACACUAGAUAUGACAACAUGAGUUACAUCGAUAUUUUCGAAUCUUUUUUGGAUGAAGAUAUAAUACAACUACUUGUUGAUGAAUCGAAUAAAUAUGCACUUUUCUGCAACAAACCUCAUCCGAAUAUAAGUGAAGAUGAAAUGAAAUGCGUUAUUGCAAUUCUGAUAGUAACAGGCUAUAAUGAAUUACCUGGAAGAGACUAUUACUGGGAUUCGAAAGCAGAUAUGAAAAAUGCGUUAGUAUGUGAUUCUAUGAGGCGAGACAGAUUCAGGCAGAUUCUCAAAUAUUUGCAUUGUAGCGACAAUACAAAACCCCAUUUGGAAGAUAAAAUGUGGAAACUACGUCCACUCAUGGACCUUUUGAAACGUAAGUUCAUCGAUAAUUGGAUUCCUGAGCAACAGUUGGAUUAUGACGAAUCCAUGAUCAAAUAUUUUGGAAAGCAUUCCUGUAAACAGUUUAUACGUGGGAAACCCAUCAGGUUUGGAUACAAGAUGUGGUGUCUCAAUUCCACUUCUGGCUACCUUGUCAAUUUUGAUUUGUACACAGGCAAAAAUCCACGUGGGAAUUCUAAAUAUGAGGUCCAAUUUGGAAAAUGUGCUGCCCCUUUGAUAAAUAUGAUCGACGAAUUUCCAGAACAUUGCAAACAUCUUCCAAUCAAGUUUUAUUUCGAUAAUCUUUUCACAAGUUUUAAUUUGCUAUAUUAUCUAAAACAGAAAGGUUAUGAUGGAACCGGCACGAUGAGAGAGAAUAGAAUUCCCAAAAGUUGCAACUUACCCCCAAAAAAAAUAAUGAGUAAAACGAAAAAGAGAGGAGACUUAGUCAAUGCUAUUGACAGAGAACAUGGAAUUCUGAUCACUAAAUGGAUGGAUAAUAAUGUAGUGAUAGUAGCAUCUACAUGUCAUGGUAUCAAUCCAGUUACUCAGGCCAAGAGAUAUUCUCAAUCAGAGAAAAAAAUCAUCCAGGUAUCCCAACCAAAACUUAUAACAGAGUACAAUAAAUGCAUGGGUGGCACAGAUUUUAUGGACCAACAAAUUUCCAGAAUGUUCGUGAAGGGAAUUCUUGCCAAGAUUCAGAGCAGGUUAUCUAUGAUUCAGAGGUGUGAAGGAGCAGAGAAAUGUAGGAAGAAAUUUGCGAAUUUGCAAGCAGCGUUUGUUAAAUAUAAAGAUAAGAAGCGACAAACUGGGCAAGGCAAUGUUACAAAACCUCCAUUUUUUGACGAACUUGAAAUUAUAUUGGGCAACAAAGACAAGGUUGCACCACCCCUAAUUAUCGACAGUAUUGCUCAGCAGGCAAAUACAUCCAUAAAUGAUACCGAGAAUAGUGAAUCAGAUGUGAUUCUAUGUGAUGAGGCAGAAGCCUCCACAUCCAAAGGGUUGCCAAAGAAAAACAAAUUCUUAAACAUAAGAUCAUCUGCAAGGCCAGAUAAGAACCAGUUACUGAGAGAAUUAAUAGACUUACAAAAGCAAGACAUAGAAGAAAGGAGAUCUGAAUUCAAGAUAGUAAUUAAUUUUCAGGAAACGAGUUCCCAGCAGUGA